CAUGCCUCACACUUCGGCGCAAAGCCGGUUAAACCUGCACCAGUUGAGCAGGUAGCCUCGUCAGGCUCCAUUCAGGCAGGUGAGAGCAGAGGGGGGUAGGCGGAACGGCAGGCUGCGAUGCUCCGGCGGCAGCGCUGACACUCGCUCACUUUUUUAUCUUUUUAUCAUUUUGGGAAAAAAAAACCUCAUCAAGACUAACGGUCACGAGGUGACGGUAGUGUGGUGGAGCCGCAGAGCGGGCUCCCCUCACCCAGUCCACUAGACCCCCUGCUCGGCCCUGACUCACACAUGGACGUUCAGGGGUAUAAGUGGGUGCGCUGGCGAGUGUGGUUGUGUCGCCUGGCCGCCGUGCUGUCCUUGGGUCUCCUCCUGAUUGUGUUUCACUGGUGCCCACGGUUUGGCGUCCUGGCCCGCUGCUGCUCCUGCCCUCUGGCUUUGGCAGAUAUUCUGCUAUUAAGAGACAGUUUUGGUCAGCACCAUGUGGUGGAGGUCCUCACAGAGGAGGUGGAGGAGGGCAGUUUGGAGUCAUUGGGAGAGCUGGAGGACACAGAAUGGAGAGAUACAGUUCAGCUGUGCAAUGAGGAGAAAAUGCUGCUCCGCUACUACAUGUUUGAAGGACUGCGCUUCAUCUGGCUGGACACGAAAGGAGCUUUUUGUCGUGUUAGUGUCCUCAAUGAGGACUGGACCUGCAAGGACCUGUAUGGCUUCCAAAAGGGCCUGAGUCACCUGAAGCAGAGCUUGAGGAGACGCGUAUAUGGGCCCAACCUCAUUGAUGUGCCUGUGAAGCCUUACAUGAAACUGCUGUUUGAGGAGGUCCUCAAUCCAUUCUACGUGUUCCAGUUGUUCAGCAUCACCCUGUGGUUGAUUGAUGAUUAUAUUGUUUACGCCAUAUGUAUAUUUGUUAUCUCCAUGUUGUCCGUCUGUAUCUCACUUUAUGAGAUCCGCAAGCAAAGCGUCACUCUUCGCAACAUGGCCCAGUUUGUGACAAACGUCACCAUACGGAGGGACUCAGGAGCGGAGGAGUGUGUGAGCUCGGUGGACCUGGUCCCUGGAGACUGUCUAAUCAUCCCUCAGGAAGGACUGCUGCUGCCCUGUGAUGCUGCCCUGCUGGCAGGGGAGUGUCUGGUCAACGAGAGCAUGCUCACAGGUGAAAGUGUCCCUGUGCUGAAAACCCCACUGCCGGCUGGUGAAGGGAAGUACAGUGCAGAGACUGAGCGCAGACACACUCUCUUCUGUGGUACUCAGCUCAUUCAGGCUAAAGGGGGAAGGCCGGGAGGCAGCGGUGCUGUCGCUGUGGUCACAAGCACUGGGUUUUUCACAGCCAAAGGUAACUUGGUCAGCUCCAUUCUGUAUCCUCAGCCGACCAACUUCCGCUUCUACCAAGAUGCUGCCAAGUUCCUGCUCAUCCUGGGUUUUGUUGCGUUGAUUGGCACCAUUUACAGCUUUGUGGCCCUCUGGAAAGCCAAUGUGACUUGGGUGGAGUUGGUGAUUAGGAGCCUUGAUAUUGUGACCAUCGCAGUGCCUCCUGCCCUGCCGGCUGCCAUCACCACUGGCACUAUAUAUGCCCAGCGCAGGCUGAAGAGCCAGGGCAUCUUCUGCAUCAGUCCACCACGCAUCAACAUCUGUGGCAAGGUGUCAGUCUUCUGCUUUGACAAGACAGGAACUCUUACAGAGGAGGGUCUGGAUGUGUGGGGAGUGAUGGAGGGGGGACCUGGCGGUUUCGCUGAGCUGGUCCCAGACCCCAGACUCCUCCCUCCAGGGCACAUGCUCUCAGGCCUGGCCUGCUGUCACACUGUGACACUGUUGCGAGAUCAGCCCCUCGGAGACCCUUUGGAGCUGAAGAUGGUCGAGUCCACUGGUUGGACACUCCAGGAGCCAGAGGGAGAUGGGAAAACACUGGAUGAAGAGUUUGGAGGUCACAAAGUUUUGGCUGUUAUGAGACAUCCAGCUCAAGGAACUUCCACAAACGAGGCGCUUGCCAUUGUUCAGAGGUUUCCCUUCUCCUCGGCCAUGCAGAGGAUGAGCGUGGUGACGGUGACCCGUGGGGGACGCUCGGCUCUCGCUUUCAUCAAAGGAUCCCCAGAGAUGGUGGCUAGCCUCUGCAAAGCAGAAACUGUGCCGGCGCAGUUCUCCAGCAAACUGCGAAACUUCUCAAGUGAAGGCCUUAGGGUUCUUGCACUUGCGUACAAACCAUUAGACAAGAACACUGACCUAAGGACCAUUGAACGAGGGGAGGUAGAGAAAGACAUGCAGUUCCUGGGCCUGCUGAUGAUGAAGAACUUAGUGAAGCCAGAGAGUGCCAAGGUUAUUAACAUCCUGAGACUGGCACACCUUCGCAGCGUCAUGGUCACUGGGGACAACAUUUUGACAGCAGUCAGUGUAGCAAAAAGCUGUGGGAUGGUGGGGUCGGAUGAGAAGGUGAUAUUCGUCAAUGCAACCCCCCACACUGCCCAGUCCAUGCCCACCCUCACAUUCAACCUGGAAGACGCAGGACACACCCACAGCUCCAUAGAGGUCGUCACUCAGGGUCUGUACCAGGGUGGGUUUGGCUAUCACUUAGCUAUUAGUGGCAAGUCUUUUGCUGCCCUCUGUGACCACUUCCCUGAUUAUCUUCCAAAGGUUUUGGUGCGAACCGCAGUAUUUGCACGCAUGUCUCCUGACCAGAAAACCCAGCUGAUGAAAGAGCUGCAGAAACUGAACUACCGUGUGGGCAUGUGUGGGGACGGGGCCAAUGACUGCGGGGCUCUGAGGGCUGCUGAUGUGGGGGUGUCCCUAUCUGAAGCUGAGGCUUCAGUCGCUUCACCCUUCACUUCCAAGACUGAUAACAUCAGCUGUGUGCCGCUGCUUAUCAGAGAGGGCCGAUGUUCUCUGAUCACCUCCUUCAGCCUCUUCAGAUACAUGAGCCUGUACAGCCUCAUUCAGUUUUGCUCGAUCCUCAUCCUCUACACAGUGAAGACGACCAUGGCUGACCUGCAGUUCCUGGUCUGUGACAUUUUUCUGGUGACUGUGCUGGCCAUCAUGAUGGGGAGAGGAGGCCCCAGUAAGGAGCUGCACUCCCGCCGACCCGCAGCCAGUCUGCUGACUCUGCCUGUCCUGGGCAGCCUCUUCAUCCACACCUGCAUGAUCAUCCUGGGCCAGUUGGCUGCACUCUUCAUCACCACCUCACAGGACUGGUAUAUUCCACUCAAUUCCACAGUGUAUGGAACAGCCAACCUACCCAACAUGGAGGACACUGUUGUGUUUUCCUUGUCAGGUUACCAAUACAUCGUCAUGGCUGUGGUGGUCACCAAGGGCUACCCUCACAAGAAACCUCUCUACCACAAUGUGAUCUUCCUCUGUCUGCUGUUCGUCCUUUUUGCCCUGAUGACUUGGCUGGUGUUGUAUCCUGGGUCUUUUGUUCGACAACAACUUAAGCUGUAUGACAUCUCUGAUAUGGGUUUCAAAUUGCUCCUCGUCGCUGUGGCUGCUCUCAAUUUCCUCAUUUGUUUUGUUGUGGAGGUGCUGAUAGACGUGGGUAUUCUGAACUGUCUGCGGUUGCUGCGUGGGAGACGUCAGUCAAAGAAACAAUAUAAACGUCUCGACAUCCUUCUGUCUAACUCCCCAUCAUGGCCGCCUCUUAAUCAACCCCUGUUCCCCACAGAUCACACAGUCAUCUACCUUAGAUAGCAUCUGCUUUGCCCCCUGUUGGACACUGUCAGUCACCCAAGCCAAUCAAUGUGGAUGUCUGAGCCACAUCCCCAACCAGUGCAAAGUCAUGUUUUACCUGUAUUAAUAAAAACUAUAUUUAUGUAAACUAUAGCAUGUGUGUUUUGUU